AAUAUUUUUGGGGGAGGGGGGGGGGAGUGGGUGGGGGCAGACGUAAGUUAGCGUCCGCUUGGGGGAGAUGGGUUGGGAUUAACGCGGUGUCGCUGGGCACCACAGGAAACCUCGCUUUCUAAGCAACUGCUCCACCUUCAUCAUUCCUUACAUAUUAUUAUUAUUAUUACGACUCCUUAAAGCCCAUCCAUCUCUAUCCCCAUCCGCAUCUUCAUCUUCAUCUUCAUCUUCUUCUUCUCCUUCUCCUUCAUCCUCUCCUUCUUCUUCUUCUUCUCUCUCUCUCUCUCGCUCUCGCUCUCUCACGGCUAGCUAGCUAGCUAGCUGCCUGAAUUUGCUUGAAGAUGAGUCAGGGGCCAUAUCCUCCGCCGGCUACCGCAUACCCUGCUGGUGCAAAUAUACCUCCACCACCAGGUGUUUAUCCGCCGCCGGACGCAGCGGGUUAUGGGGCGCCGCCGCCGCCCGGUUAUCCACCUGCAGACGGUCAUGUCUACCUUCAAAAUCCUCCUUCCGUGGCUCCUGUUCCUGCCGAAACUAAAUCCAGGGGUGGCGAUGGCUUCUGGAAAGGAUGUUGUGCUGCUCUGUGUUGCUGCUGUAUUCUGGAAGAGUGCUGCCUUUGAGGAUUUUGACACGCAGCUUUAGGCCGGCACCUUCAUAUAUCUUCUUGCUUUUUCAGUUUCAUGUCCCCAAAAAAAAGCACUAAUUAAGGCGUAUAUGUUGUGAAUUGGAUGCUUACUGUGCUGUUAUAUUAUUCUUGUGAUUUGUAACGGUGGCAGCUGGAUUUGAUCUAUAAAUUCCAUUUUGUUCA